CGCCGAGUCCCCCGGCGGCGGAAGGCUGGGGCUUGCGGGCGCAAGAGGGCGCGCCCCCGGCGGGAGGAGUCCCGUCUCGAGAGUCCAGGGCAGGCGGAGGUCGCGACCUGGGAAAGCGGCUGUAGCGCCGACUGCCCAGACCCGUGCGCGUCCCGAGACGACUGGCGCUGUGCUCAGUCCAUGCACGAGUUCUCCGCCAAGGACAUCGAUGGACGCAUGGUUAACCUGGACAAGUACCGGGGCUUCGUGUGCAUCGUCACCAAUGUGGCCUCGCAAUGAGGCAAAACAGACGUAAACUAUACUCAGCUUGUCGACCUGCACGCCCGAUACGCUGAGCGCGGUUUACGGAUCCUGGCCUUCCCUUGCAACCAGUUCGGGCGGCAGGUGCGUGUCGCGGUGUGGGGG